AUGGAUGGCAACAACUACUUCAAGAAUCAUCGUUUUGGAGAUGCCAUUGACGCUUACAGUGAGGUGUCGCUUUGUUUUGCAAUUGCACUGUGCCCUGAUGUUUCGGUGUAUUGGACCAACCGUGCUCUCUGUCAUCUUAAGCUCAAUGAUUGGAGCAGAGUAGAGGAAGACUCUCGUCAAGCCAUCAAGCUUGACAACAAUUUGGUUAAGGCCCACUAUAUGUUAGGUCUUGCAUCGGUGCACAGACAAGAGUUUGCUAAAGGAAUCUUAGAAUUGAAGAAGGCUUUGGAUCUUGAUAGAGGUCCCCAUUCUAAGGGCCAAAUGGUGGAGGAAAUAUGGCAAGAGCUUGCUAAAGCACGAUACCUAGAGUGGGAACAUUCAUAUACUAAGCGAUCAUGGGAACUGCAGAGCUUGAAAGAAGCUUGUGGGUAUGCUCUAAAGGAAAAACAUUUUCUUGAAGCCCCCCACAUGAAGGGAUUCGUAGAAGAUGGUACUACCCAUUUAGAACAGUUAGAAGCUUUAGGAAGAGUGUUUGAUGAAGUUGCAGAAUAUGACAUGCCUACUGAGGUGCCAGAUUAUCUAUGCUGUAGAAUCACACUUGAUAUUUUUUGUGAUCCUGUCAUCACCCCAAGUGGACUUACAUAUGAGAGGACAGUGAUUCUUGACCAUCUUGAGAAGGUGGGUAAGUUUGAUCCAGUCACUCGAGGUCCACUUGAGCCAUCACAGUUAAUACCAAACCUAGCCAUAAAGCAAGCAGUUGAGGCAUUCCUGGAUAAACAUGGGUGGGCAUAUAAAGAUAUAUUAACAAAAGGCUUUUAG